AUGGAGUACCCUCCUCAGUAUCAACAGUCCCAUGGCCAACAUCCCCACGCACCCUCUCACAUCCCUGGUCCUUACCAAACCGGCGCGCCCAACGCUGGUCCUCCUGUCGGGUCCAUGGCAUCGCCUACCAACGCCCAGGCACCUAUCCAACCACACUCCUCCCACCAGACCUCUCCCAUCGUCCCAUCGCAACCGCAUUAUCAACAAGCCCAGAAUGCAUCCGGCGCCGUUCAUCAACAGAUGAACUUCCCUCAGGGUUACGGUGUUCCCGCGCCUAUGCCUCAGGGCUAUGGUAUCUCACCAACACAGGCCGCCGCCAUGGCUACCGCUGCAGCCUCGGGACAGUUCUACCCCCUGCACCAGGACUCCAUGGCCGGACAGAUGGCGCCAGGAUCCCGAGGCUCACCGCGCAUGGCUAGCAUGCAGAUGAAGCAGGACCGCAACCCCCGCUCUCCUCAGAUGGGAGGACAGAUGCCCCCAAUGGGAUCACAAGUCCAGAUGCCGCCAAAUCCGCAGCUAUCGCAACGCCGCAUGAGCCAUGUCGGCAGCCCAAAUGCACCCAACGCACAGGUUAUGUCUCACGUCGGCCGACCCUCCAUCGCACCCCCGCUCCCCCAGGCAGCCGUUCAGAACCAGGCCUCCCAAGACAUGGUCCCGAACAGCAAUCAGGAGGAGUCGCCUUUGUACGUCAACGCUAAGCAAUUCCACCGCAUCUUGAAGCGCAGAGUAGCGCGUCAAAAGCUCGAAGAACAAUUGCGCUUGACGUCCAAGGGUCGCAAGCCUUAUCUCCACGAGUCACGACACAACCAUGCCAUGCGCCGACCCCGUGGUCCCGGUGGCCGUUUCUUGACAGCAGAUGAAGUUGCCGCUAUGGAAAAGCGCGUGGAGGCUGGUGAAUCUGCCACAUUUGAGGAUAUCAGCAAGGAUCUUGCGAAAGCCAACGGCGCCGGACAGAAGCGCAAGUCAAGCGAAGUCCAUGACGACGUCUUGAGCUCCAAGAAGACCAAGACGAGCGCCAGCGCUGACGGGAGUGAGCAAGACUCUGCUGAUGCCUCGGAUGAGGAUGGCUAA